CGACAAACGUAAACAUUUAGUAUGUCAAGCUGUCAAGUGAUUACACUCUAAGGAAGUUUUUAGGUUAUGCUGUGCACGUUUUAAUUAAUAUUCGCGUGUUUGCAUAUUUAGGUGCAUACUCUUCUUUUAUCUAUGUUUAGGUGUUCAAUUACAUAUAAAUACAAAACAUUUUACAGUUUGUAGUUUAUUUUUGUAUUAUCAUGUCUAAUCGUAAAAGUAAAUCUAAAUCAUUGUCAGAUAAAAUUUGUGAUGCCUUAAAGGCUCCCGAAUUACUAGAUCCAGAAGAUGAUGUUUGCGAAGAUACUAAGGCUAAAACAGUGCAAGUUGAUAGCGAUAUUGAUGAUAAUGACAAUUUAGAAGCUACAUUGAGCAGUUUUCGAAAACAAAAUGCUAAAUUAUUGCAAGACAUUGAUAAAAAAUAUGCUGGCAAAGCAGUGUCUAGAAAAAGUUUAGAUAAAUUUGAAGAUGAAAGUGACAGCAAUGAAGAGAUAUCGGUCGGUUCAUUUGUUAGAAAACCCGACUCAGAUUCAAACGUGGAAAGUACUGAUGGGGAAUCUUCAAAUGAUGAAAUAUCCGAUGGCGAUGAAAAUUUACAAAACUCUUUUGAUGUAGAAUCCAAUGAAUCCACAGAUGAUUCAAAAUCUUUUGAAUAUGACUCCGAAGCAUCAGAUAACUCUGAGGUGUCAGAAGAUGAUUCAAUGAAUGAUUUCGAUGACAUUAAUAUUUCUGAUAUUCAGAAUAAUUCAACUAAAGACGAAUCUAACUUCAAACAUGUUAAUGAUUCUAAUGCCUCAGAAGGUAUAAAGAAAGGUAAUGCAGUUUGUCAACAAUUACAUAUUUGGGAAAAACUAAUGGAAAUGAGGAUACAUUCUCAGAAACUUUUAUUGAAUUCAAAUAAGUUACCAAGGUAUGAUGAAUAUCCAAAAUUUGUUGCUCAAACAAAUACAGAUUUUAAAGAAAAAGUUCAAGAAUCUAAAAAGCUUUUAACCAAUCUCUUAAACAAGUAUUUAGAUGCUCAACAAUUAUUAUUAAAUAAAUAUCCUGAAACUAAAGAUUUGUUAAAAGACAAGGAAGAUAUGAAAUCAAAUGAUGACAUGGAUGAAGAAAUUCCAAGUGAUACUGAAGAUGAGAUAGAAAGUGAUUCUGAAGAUGGCACACCGAGUAAGCGACGAAAAGUAACUGAUUUUCCAAAAACUAUACUUGAAACACAUGAGAAAUACAUAAAAUAUGCACAUGAUGUUAUACAAAAGUGGCAUGAUAAAGUUAGAGUUGCUAGCGGUAUUAUGAAUCAUAAAAAUUUGGGAACAAGCUCUUUGAUACAACAUAUACAGCACAUUCUAUAUGAUAAAGAUCGUUUACGCAAACGAACACAAUUAAAAAGAUCAAAUUACCACAUUUUAUCAUUAAAAUCUUCCGUCAAUGAGAUAGAUAAUAAAAAGGAUGAAACAACUAAUGAUAUUGAAGAGAAAAAGAUUGAAGAGGAAUAUAACUCUGAAAUAUUUGAUGAUGAUGACUUCUAUCAUCAGUUGUUACGAGAACUUAUUGAAUACAAAACAGCAAAUGUGACAGAUCCAGUUCAAUUAUCUAAGCAGUGGAUUGAGUUACAACAACUUAGAAAUAAAAUGAAAAGAAAAAUAGAUACAAAAGCAACUAAGGGUCGACGUAUUCGGUAUUCUGUCCAUCCUAAACUUGUUAAUUUCAUGGCGCCAGAGGAAAAUAGUAUGUGGACAGAUGAAGCAAAAGAUGAAUUGUUUGGAUCUGUAUUUGGAAAAAAAAUACAACAAAAAGUGUGUUAAUUAUUACUUAAUUAUCUUUGUUAUGAGAUGGAAACAAACGGAACAGAUAUUUAUGGAGAAAGAUAAUAUUCGCAUAAAACAUAUUUUUAGUUUUAUAUUUAUGUAUUCACGGCUUUCAUUCCAAAAACCUCAGUGUCUCAGAAGUAAAACAAGAAAAGAUACAGCGUGCCCCAAUCUUCAGGAAGUUCUAAGGAUCAAAAUAACCAUUCUCUUAUUGUGUAUAUUUUUUAUAAAAAACGUCAUUAUUACUGAACACAAAAAUGUUAAAAAUAAUUUCUGCGAAUAUGAACCAUAAUUAUGACAUUUGCAAAAAUAUACGCAAAUAACUAAGCGGCAUGCAUGCCAAUUCAUAGAGUUUUGCAAGAAGGAAGACAAUCAAGAUUGGUUAACAAAAAUUCAAAAAUUCAAAGUUAAGGGCACAAUAUUAUUUU